AUGGCAGAUGCUCCCUUGUGCUCUUUCGCUCCUUUUCCUCGUCUCCCAAUAGAGCUUCGAAUUUCAAUUUGGGGUCUUGCCUGUGAACCUCGGAUUCUGACCAUGUGUAAAUACUUCUCUCACGACAGAGACACCCAAUAUCUCUACAGCCACGACCCUGUUCCCGCAGUACUUCAAGUAUCUAGAGAAUCGCGCGCCAAUUCUUCGUACGUUGCCGCUUUCAGCAUGGGGAGCAGUCCCCGCUACACUUGGGUCAACUACAAUCUUGACACCAUUCGAAUACACGACUACGCUCUUCGCCAUAUCAAAAGAGAAGAACUAUCACGCAUACGGUUAACGAUACUUGAUGUAGACUGUAAUUCGGAUUUCGACGGCUGGACACAUCAUGACGUCUGCGAGAUGAGCCGUCUAGAGGAGCUUACGAUUUACACUUUUAAUGAUCUCCGAUUCUGGAUCGAGUUAUCUAGUACCUUAUUCUUCACCCUGGACACGAGCUGCCGGAGGAACGAUGGGUGGUCUCGUCCAUUUCUAAUGGUUAUAGAGAGAAAGACUGGAGAACAGCUGGAUUCUCGGAAUUUUGUGGAGAAGUCUGCUUCGCUGAUGCGGCGUAGUGAGAACCAGAGUAUGUAUGGGUGGGGGGAAGAGACCGACCACACUUCAGCAGAGGCAGAGGCAAGGUGGGAGCGAACAAAUUUGGAGCACGCACAGCGCCUCAUAUGGCCAUAG